AUGGCCGCGAAGUCGGAUGGAGCGGCGGCCGCGGCCGGCCCGGGGCCCGAGGGGGCGGCCGGGGGUGCCCGAGGCGGCUCCAGCGGGCGCGAGGAGGCGGCGGCGGUGCCCGGAGGCCCGGAGGUGGCCGCGACGGGAGGCGCGGGGCCGCGCUACGAGCUGCGGGACUGCUGCUGGGUGCUGUGCGCGCUGCUCGUGUUCUUCUCCGACGGCGCCACGGACCUGUGGCUGGCGGCCUCCUACUACCUGCAGGGUCAGCCCACCGUCUUCGGGCUCACGUUGCUCUUCGUGCUCCUGCCCUCUCUGGUGGUGCAGCUGCUCAGCUUCCGCUGGUUCGUCUACGACUACUCCGAGCCCGCGGGGGCCCCAGGACCCGCUGUCAGCACCAAGGACAGCGAUACUGAUGGCCCCGCUGUCAGCACCAAGGACAGCGCUAUCUCCUUUAGGACUGAGGAAGGCGGUCCCGAGCUGGGUGCCCGGCCUUCCUCUGCCAGCACCUACCGUCGCCGCUGUUGCCGCCUCUGCAUCUGGCUACUGCAGACCCUCGUCCACCUCCUGCAGCUUGGCCAGGUCUGGAGGUACCUGCACGCCCUGUACCUGGGCCUGCAGAGUCGCUGGCGCGGGGAGCGAUUGCGGCGUCACUUCUACUGGCGGAUGCUGUUCGAGAGCGCGGACGUGAGCAUGCUGCGCCUGCUAGAGACCUUCCUGCGCAGCGCGCCGCAGCUCGUGCUGCAGUUAAGCCUGCUGGUGAACAGAGGCCAGGAGCCAGACCUGCUGCCCGCCCUCUCCACUUCUGCCUCCCUUGUGUCCCUGGCAUGGACGCUGGCCUCCUACCAGAAAGUGCUGCGGGACUCAAGGGAUGACAAGCGGCCCCUGUCCUACAAGGGUGCAGUGGCCCAGGUGCUGUGGCACCUGUUCACCAUCGCAGCCCGCAGUCUGGCCUUCGCCCUCUUUGCCAGUGUCUAUAAGCUCUACUUUGGCAUCUUCAUUGUGGCCCACUGGUGCGUCAUGACCUUCUGGGUCAUCCAGGGUGAGACUGACUUCUGCAUGUCCAAGUGGGAGGAGAUCAUCUACAACAUGGUGGUAGGCAUCAUCUACAUCUUCUGCUGGUUCAACGUCAAGGAAGGGCGCAGCCGCCGCCGCAUGACCCUGUACUACUGCAUUGUCCUGCUGGAGAAUGCUGCGCUCACUGGCUUCUGGUACUCCAACCGCAACUUCUCCACUGACUUCUACUCUCUCAUUCUGGUCUGUGUGGUGGCCUCCAGCUUUGCACUGGGCAUAUUCUUCAUGUGUGUCUACUAUUGUCUCCUGCAUCCCAAUGGGCCCAUGCUGGGUCCCCAGGUGCAUGGCUGCAUCUUCCCUGAGGCCUCAAGGCCCUGUGGCCCACCUGUUGAUGCUGUCACAAGUCCCCCAAGGUCCCUGCCAAGGACUACAGGUACAGAGAGGGAUGGGGUCUCAGUGGGGAGUGAGCGUGCAGGGACCCCCACGCCACCUGUCUUUCAGGUGCGGCCUGGCUUGCCUCCCACACCAGUGGCCCGGCCCGUUCGGACAGAGGGGCCUGUCAUUCGGAUUGACUUGCCUCGCAAGAAGUACCCAGCCUGGGAUGCUCACUUUAUUGACCGCCGACUCCGGAAGACCAUUCUGGCACUGGAAUACUCCUCACCUGCCACACCUCGGUUGCAGUACCGGAGCAUGGGGACAUCCCAGGAACUAUUGGAGUAUGAGACCACAGUGUAGGCCAUAAUCUUCCCCAAAAGGGGGACAGACACGGCUGACCCCACACCAACCAGUGUUGACCUGGAGUUUUGAGGGCUACCAGGCCAAGGAGGAGUGGAUCUGUUGGUCCAAGGAUAGAGUGGCCCUACCAUUGGG